GAAAAAGGGCAAGACUAUUAAAGAAGAGCUCGAGCUGCACUGGGCAGUCUCAGCCUCUCAACUGACCAGUGGCCACCUCUGCAGCAUCUCCUGCAACCUGGUCUUCUCUGGACCACUGAGCAAAUCUGCCAACACCCUAGCCGGCUGUGGACACAGGUCCUGGAAAAUGGCAGAUGUGCCCGACGGUGAGGAGGACUGUGGGUCCCCACUGGAGCUGUUCAAGAACAUUGCCGCUCAAGGGGAGCUUGUGAGGGCCCUCAAAGCCAGAAACGCGGCGAAGGAUGAAAUUGAUUCCGCAGUGAAGAUGUUGUUAUCCUUGAAAAUGAGCUACAAAGCUGCCACAGGGGAGGAUUACAAGACUGACUAUCCUCCAAGGGACCCGGCACCUGGGAGUGAUAGUGGCCUGGAUGCCACAGAAGCAGGCGAGGAUUUUGUGGACCCGUGGACAGUACAGACAAGCAGUGCAAAAGGCAUUGACUAUGACAAGCUCAUCGUUCGGUUCGGAAGCAGUAAAAUUGACAAGGAGCUGAUAAACCGAAUAGAGAGAGCCACGGGUCAGAGGCCGCACCGCUUCCUGCGCAGGGGAAUCUUCUUCUCACACAGGUCAGGGUCUUCUCACUGCAGGACCUCCCAUCCCUCCUCUUCUUUUAAUGAAGAAAACUAUCAGGAUGCUGUUCCCUCAGACUUCCAGGUCCUUGGGGGGAGUGGUUGCCAGUUGGCAGAAGGCCGGUUCCACCUCCUGUCCUGUCAGUAACUGGCUGUGGGAUGGUGCCCGUCCCUUCACCUCUGGCCCUUAGUUUAUUCAUCUGUAAACUGCCCACCUCACAAGGUGGAGGUCAAGUACACAGCAGACGAGAUUCAUGCCAGGUUACGUGCUGUAAACUAUAAAAUGUCACAAAACAAAAGAGACUAACAAGUCCAAGUUGAGCAUUUCCCAUGAGAUAAGCAGGAGGCUUCCUGAAAUUACAUACUUCUUCCUCCUAUUGUACUGGCCUACUCAUAAAUAAUAGCCAAAGAGAAACUAAUAGUAUGGCUGAGUUGCUUUGCUGUGCACCUGAAACUAUCACAGCAUUGUUAAUCGGCUAUACACCAAUAUAAAAUUAAAAGUUAAAAAAAAUUAAAAAAAAAAAAAGAGAGAAACUAAUAGAGCGAACAUGCACAGAAUAUCUCUGCCUGAGAUCAUAAAUUCCAUGCAGAUGACAUCAGAGAACAGGCGGCUUCUGAGCGAGGUCUUGCCUCUCCCACCCCACACAUCGCCUUGGGUUCAAGGCCAUGUUCGUGGAGUUUAUAGUCUGAGGUAGGGUUGUUCCGUUCUGCCCGCACGUCAGGGUUACGGAGAGCACGUGCAGGACAGAGCCCGGCAGUCCCCGAACACUUUAAAUUCUGCAGGCAGAGAACUCCAAGCCCCGCUCAGCCCUCUUUCUGGGCAGAAUACAAUCAAAGCUUUUUCCUUAAUUGAGAUUUAAUUCACAUGACAUAAAAAUUCACCUUCUGAAAGUACAUAAUUCAGUGGUUUUUUUUGGUGUAUUCACAAGGUUGGCAACCAUCACCACUGUCUAAUUCCAGAACAUUUUCCUCACCCCAAAAAAUAACCCUCUACCCAUUAGCAGUCACUCCCCAUUCCUCCCUCCCCACCAGCACCGCUGGCAACCACUAACCUACUUCCUGUGUCCAUGGAUUUGCCUGUUCUGCAGAUUUCAUAUAAAUAGAAUCAUACCACAUGUGGCCUUUUGUGUCUGGCUUCAUUCACUUAGCAUCAUGUGUUCAAAGUUCCUCCAUGAUGUAUCAUGUCAGUACUUCAUUCCUUUUCAUACCUGAAAAAUAUUUUAUUGAAUGGACAUACCCCCCCCAUUCAACAGUUGAUGGGCAUUUGGGGUAUUUUCACUUUGGGGUUAUCAAUAAUGCUUCUCUGAACACUUGUAUAC